CCUCCAUUCCAAUCUUCUGCCCAGGAGGAAUAACAAAAAAGUCCUCCAUUUAUUUUAUGUUAUUUUACUUUAUUGAGCCAGACUCAGAAGCACGCAUUAACUUUUAAAUCUUUGAGCUUUUCUUGGAGCAGCAGCUCCUCCCCUUUUCCUGAAUAUUCUUCCCACUUGUUUCCUAAAAACUAAACUGGCUGGAUGGAAUUUUUCAAACGCUCUGCCUUUUUGUUUCUACCAAUGGAAAGGGAGAUCUUGAGAGACAAGGCAGGCGGUUGGCUCCCAGGGGGAAUCAUCCAACCCCUUGCAGCAUCUCCAUAGAAGGCAUUGCAAAUAAAUAAUGCUGGCUUGCCCAUUCAGAUGUGCUGCUGUCUCUGCUGAGGAUUCCAGCUGUGCUGAGCCUUUGGCUUAUUCUAGUAAGGUUCCUCCUGGUAGGGUUGGUGUCUGGUUUUAAACUCCAUUCUCAUUGUGACAAGAAAGCCAAUAGGUGAAGAAUCAAGGAAGGAGACAAGACAAGACAUUAGAAAUGGAGUCCACCGAAGGAAGUGCGAUGGCUGCCAAACGUCCCAGGGAGUGGCUUUGGUGCGAAGCGCUUUGUCCAAUCUGUGUCCAGUAUUUCACAGAUCCGGUGAGUCUGGAGUGCGGGCACAGUUUCUGCAAGGCCUGCCUCCUGCGUUCCUGGGAAGAGAUGCCCAAAUCGGACGCCUGCGUUCGGUGCGAUUAUCCGAUUUCAACGAAGACCUUCAAACCUAAUGAGCCACUGGCCCAUCUGGUGGAAGAAACUAAGCAAGUGGUGGAGCGUGCCAAAGAAGAGGUUGAGAAAGAGGGCAUUUGUGAGACACACCAGAAGAGCCUGAACUACUUCUGCGAAGAUGACCAGACUGCCCUUUGUGGGCUGUGCAUGAAGUCAGACACUCACCAGAGUCACAAUGUGACAAAUCGCAGCAAGUAUUUGGAUCAAAUUGAAGGCUAUUUGAAUCAAGUAAUGACAAUGGGACAAGAUCUUUUCUGCACCAGCAGGUCAAAUGCUGAAGGCAAACCAAGAGACUGGCUGAAGCAGACUGAGAUCAUGAGGAAGAAAGUAGUGGCAGAGUUCAAGAGGCUACACCAGCUUCUGGAGGAUCAAGAGUCUAUGUGGAUGUCGGACCUCGUAGCACUGGAGAAAACGAUUGUGGACAGUAAGAAGAGCUAUGAGGCCAAAGCCCAGAGUCAAGCCAGCUAUGUCGAUGAAAUCUACUAUGAGAAGCAAGACCGAUAUUGGGAUGAUGACAUGGAGUUUUUGCAGGAAUUUGGAAAGAGCUUCGUAAGGUUUGAUGACAGAAAGCUAGAAAAUCCAGUGACUUUUCCAACAGAACUGAAAACAAGAAUCCAGACAUUCUGUGAUCGGAAAACUUUCCUGGGUAAUGUGUUGAAGACAUUCAAUGAUGAAAUGGCUCUAAUACUGAAAGGAAGAGGAAGAAAGAGAUUUAAAAGAGGUUUAUCAGAGGAACAAAAAGGCAACAGAGUGCAAGUUAUUCUGGAUCAAGACACAGCCAAUAUACAUCUCUUUCUUUCUCAAGACCUGAGGACAGUGGAGUAUCGCAGAUAUUUUGACUCUUUGCCUGAUCGUUCCUUGCCUAAACGUCCUAGAGGAUUUAGAUUUUUGCCCUGUGUUCUGGGCCGUCAGGGUUUCACUUCAGGGAGGCAUUAUUGGGAGGUGAAGGUGUGUGGAUUGGGCCGUGAUUGGGCUCUAGGAAUCGCCAGGGAGUCUGUGGCUAGGGACGACACUCUUCGUGGUCCUCAGAAAGGGGUCUGGGUGGUGGGAAGGCGCCAGAGAGAUCUACUCUGCUCUCGUUGGCUCUUGGCGUUUGCGCUCCAAGAAGGUACUGAUGAUACCGUUCUGAUUUUAAGGCAGAAACCAGAGAAGAUCCGUGUGUGCCUCGACUGCUCAGAGGGCCGAGUGGCCUUCUCCAAUGCAGACACAGAUGAAUUCAUUUAUAGUUUCAGUUCGGCCAUAAUUGCUAGCGAGAGGAUCCACCCUUUUUUCUGGUUGGACAGUGAGAGAAUUACAUUGUUGAUGCUUUAGUAGAGUUGCAGGGGAAACCUUUUAGCACUAUAACUCCCAGAAUUGUAGGAAUUUCAAGAUUGUCCAAGAAAGAUAACCUUUCUGUUAGCUUUUCUUAAGAGAGAGGUCAAUCCUAUCUCUAGCUCACUUUUUCCCCUUUCACCCCACGGAAAAUGUGAAUGGCUAAACAAGGAGUAGUGUUACUUCAGUAGUGUUACUUUUAAUUACAGUCUUAAUCGCUUUGGAAGAAAAGUGAAUGGUAAACAAAAAGAUUCGUAGUUACUUGAGUAGAGAACAAUCUUAAUCAUUUUGGAGGAAAAGUGAAUGGCUAGAGAAGGAGAUGAAUAGAAUUACUUCAAGUUACUUUCAGGGAACAAUCUUGGUCACUCUGGAGUGGUAGUAAAUAUAUUGGUUCCAGGAAGCAUGAAUGUGGGUACGUCAGAGUGACGAUCAGCAUAUUAUAUACUUAAAUGGUUGUUGCUUCCACUUUAGCCUCACUCACUCAGAAGCCAUUUUAGUGCCUCUCUCAUCCUUAUUCUCUCUCAACUGUUAAAUGCUGCUGCUUUUCCUUGAGGAAAAGUGUGCCGUUUCAAUAAAAGUUGCCAAGUUCCA